CUCUUCUUUGCCUACCAACAAAACAAACUUAGUCCAAGUAAAAAAAAAAAAUGAAGGUCUUUAAUUGGGUUCAUCCGCGAUUUCUCAAUGUUAAUCCGUGCACAGCUUUUCUCGAAGAAAAUGGAACACAAAAAGAUGAGAGUUCAAAAAUAGAAAAUGAGAUGAAUGUUUUCCAUGGCCAUAAUUCUCAUAUGAUAGUAGACAUGCUAGACUCUUGGAAAGAUGGAAUUCUAUCCAUUGGUACCAUUGCUAUUAGUCCCUUAGAGGCUAGUAAAUAUGCAAUGCUUGAAGAAAUUCAUGAUGAUAAUCAUGACUAUGAUGAUGAUCAUCAUGUUAUUGAUGAUCGUUAUGAUCUUGAUGAAAAUGAUGAUCAAUCAAGUCCAUUGAUGAAUGUUGAGUACUUUAGCCAUGAAUUAGAUAAAGUUAUUGGUGCUAAUCAUGAGAUUAUUGAGGAAGAACAAGUUUAUGAGAAUAAUAAUUGUAUUGAAGAUGAAGAACAAAGCAGGAGGAGAGUCACUCUUGCUGAACUUUUCUUGGAAGAUUCUGAUUAUCAUCAUAAUGUGAAAGUAUUGCAAGAUGAUGAUGAUGAUGAUGAUGAUGAUGGUGUUAAGGGUGACAUCAUGAUGAAUGAAAAACAAGGUAUUGAUAUGAUGAUCAUGAAGCCUAAUUCUUUAGCUAAAAAUGGUCUCUUCAAAGCUAAAAAGCUUCUUAAAGAGGAUUUGCACCCACUCAAGAAGUUCAACCAGUUAAUGAAAAGGAUGAUGAAGAAAAAGAUUCAUCCGGAUGACUUAGAAGGAAAACUGCACAAAGACAUGCAGAUCCAUCCAAGCAGUCCCACCAAUGGUCAAGAUCUCUCCAAUGACGAGUUAGCUUCAUUGCUUCUCAUUCAAGGUAUAUUAUCUUCUAACUGAUUAUCCGUUGAUAUCACUGGCGGAUCUACGACUAAAAAUUAUGGAUAGUACUAAUGUGUUAAAGUAAAUUAAUAAAAAAUUCGGAUGAGUUUUGUUUGUAAAAUAAACAAUCCAAAAAAUUUCUAUUACUCCAAAUUAACUUGUACAAGUAAAAUAUCACAAUAAUAAUCUUAUGUCACUGCCAAUAUAAAUAAAAAGGGUGAUAAAUGUCAUCCACACCGCAUCUAUAAAGUUAUAAGUUACAAGAGAUCAAAGUUUGACGUAGUGAAAUAUUUCCUCCGUUUUGAAAUAUUCGCUACAGUACAAUUAUUAACACUAUUUAUCAUUUAAGCUUAUUUUAUAUAUUACGUCUUAUAUGUAAGACAAGUAAGAUCCAUAAAUUUUUAAUGUGUGUUGUUGAGUGUUGUGUCCCCAAACACUAGCAAAUAAUUGAAUUUCCAACAAAAAUGGUACAUAUACAUAGAAGCAAUAGAAUAAGUCUUUUUACUUUGACCAAGUUGGGACCCAAUAUUACCACUCAUGUAAUGUGAUCCAAUUAACUUGCAUAAUCCAUUUCAUCUACCUUUUGAGUUUUGAUAGAAUUUAAGUAGUGACUAGUGAGAGCUCACUAUGAAUCAUUAUUUGGGAAUUUGCACAUGGAUUCUUUUGUUUUCAUGAAAUGAUGUGUUCAUGUUUUUUAUUUUUAUGGCAAAAAUUUAAUCUUUUAUCAUUUUCAAAAAAAUUAAUUUCUUCGCUUGUAUAAGCAUAUAUUAGAGGUGUGUAAAAUGUGGCAGAUUAGAUAACAAAUUAGAUACGAGGGAUUUUUUAUAAUGAUGUAUCAAAUCUAAAGGAGUAUAAAGAAUAUUAUAGAAUCAUUUAAUUAUUUAAGGGUUAGAGUUUUUGAAAUAUGAAAGAUGGAUUCCAUCCUCUAAUACUGAUAUUACACCUUUUUUGAAUGAGUGAAUAAUGUUAGCUUAGAGUAUUCCGUUUUAUGAUUAAGAUAAGAAAAAAACAUAAUAAUAUCUUUAUCAUUCACCUUAUCUCCUCGAAUGGACUACAUUAUUUUCGUAAUAAUAUCUAUUAAUAAAAUUUACUUUCAGAAUCUAUUAUGAAAAUGGUCUUAUGCUUUAUAAAUUCUCACGGACACAUUAAAUCUAUGUCUUUAUACCGUCCUUACAAAUUAAUUUUUUUUUGUUUAAUCCUCUCCAAACUUAAUAAAGUAAUAACAUCGACUUGUAGCAAACUUUAAAUAUAAUAUUUUUUUUGUAAAUUAUGUACCUUUUUAUUCCUCUGAGAUGAUUACUGAUAGGGUUGGUAGUAACACUUUUCAUUUCCCCUCACAACAUAACAUUAUAGUAAUAAUCUCAAAGCAGACAGAUUGAGAAACCAAUUAAUAAUGCCCUCAUAAUUCCUUGUACAGCUGCUAUGGUUUGAGGUCUAAGCAGCAGACAGGUGAUGAAUUUGAAGGUUCCAAGGAAGCCCUAUGAUUGCUUGUAAAUCAAGUGAUGUAUAAUAUGCAUUGUAUGACUCAGGAAAAUGCUUAGCUUUUUUUAAUUCUACUCGUUUAAUUAAAAUGGAUUUGCUUUUCUUAAGGGCUAAUCAUGAAUACUCCUACUCCUACUCCUACUAUUAGUUGUUUGUGGAUGCUUUUAGAAUUAUGUAUGUAUGUCACUUCCGAUUUGUUCUUGCUUCUACUACUAUAAUAUAAACUAUGUUUAAAGAUUUGAUAUUUUUGCAAAA